AUACGCAACUAAGCCCUGUAGAAAGAUUGAAACUAUGGCCGGUUCAGUGGAAGAUGCUCGUCGAGAAAGAAGACAAAGAUUACUUCGCUUUUCUGAAGAACGAUUCAAGAAGAUUCUACAAAACGAUAAUUUUGACAGCAACUCAGACACCGGUGAGCUGAGUCAAGGCACUCUACAAACAGAAGAUGACUCUAAUGUUGACCCUUCAGAAUGUCACUCUGAUGAAGAUAUUAGUAUCGGACUGAGGCACCGUACUGAAGGAGCCAGUUCCCGGUCAGUUUCGAAAGAGCUCACUCCAGAAGCAAGCUUACCAAAAACAGAGAAAACCUACACUCACAAAACGGUAAAGACAAACGAUGCAUUUGCCGAGAGUAAAUUUCCUGGAAUCACAUCUGGUGGUUCUGCAACCGGCUCCCAGAGAGAGAUGUCUUCUCCAGUAUCUUCCAAUACCACAUCAGCAGCAUCGUCGGCAUAUGGUGGCAACCGUUUCCCCUCCGGAAACGCCUCUAAGGCCACACUAUCUUUACUCCAUUUCGACUUAGCUCGUUUGGUCAGUUGUAUGAUACUUGCUUUCAUCACUCGCAAGAUCCUUAAUUCUUCUUGGAGUUUAUUCUUUGCUGAGUCUAUCAUCGUGCCCUUUACUUUGCUACAGUUUGGAUUCUACACAUUUCUGCCCAAAUUCUGUAAGGCCGUUGUUUUACCCAAGAGAGGAUCCCUGAUAGACAGUGGCCUUGCUCUCUGCGGUGUGGACCGAAGCUUCAUUGACACUUACCAACGUGUAAUUGCCUACACAACAUCAAUUGCGGAAGACUUCGCUGUCUACAUGUUUACUUUCUUCCUUGUAGACAGUUUAAUUGGUUAGGCUGAUGCUGCCAUUAUUAUCAUCAUCAUCAUCAUCAUCAUUUUAAUUAUUAUAAUUAUUAAUAAUAAUAAUAAUAUCAUUAUCAUUAUUAUCAAGGUCGCAAGCUGGCAGAAUCAUUAGCAUGCCGGACAAAAUGCUUAGCAGCUUUUCUCUUCCAGCUUUAUGUUCUGAGUUCAAAUUCUGCCAAGAUUGACUUUACCUUUUAUCCUUUCAGGGUCAAUAAAAUAAAGUACCAGUUGAUUACUAGGGUCAAUGUAAUCAACUUGCCCCAUCCCUCAAAAUUUCAGGCCUUGUGCCUAUAGCAGAAAGGAUUAUUAUUAUUAUUAUUAUUAUUAUUAUUAUUAUCAUUGUUAUUA